UUGGUAUUAUUCUUGUCCAUGUUUUCCGCUUGUUUGGUUAAGCAUUAAUUUCCUCGUUUUAUUAUUUGUAGAAAAAUUUCGGAGUUAAUAAAGUGUGAAUAUGGGUGUUCCAGCAUUUUUUAGAUGGUUAAGUAAGAAGUAUGCUUGUGUUAUCGUUGAUUGCACGGAAAACAAAAGUGUGGAUCCAAACACUGGAAGCAAUAUAUACGAAGAUGCCACACUCCCGAAUCCCAAUGGAAUUGAGUUUGACAAUCUGUAUUUGGAUAUGAAUGGUAUAAUACAUCCUUGUACGCAUCCUGAAGAUAAGCCCGCCCCCAAAAAUGAGGAUGAAAUGAUGGUAGCAAUAUUUGAGUGCAUUGAUCGCUUGUUUGGUAUUGUUCGGCCGCGAAAAUUAUUAUAUAUGGCGAUUGACGGGGUAGCUCCAAGAGCAAAAAUGAAUCAACAGAGAUCACGGCGUUUCAGAGCUGCUAAGGAAGCAAACGAAAAACGAAAUGAGAUACAAAAGAUAAGAGAAGAACUUUUAGUAAAAGGAUGUAUUCUUCCUCCUGAAAAGACUGACGAGGAACACUUCGAUUCUAAUUGUAUAACACCAGGUACACCGUUUAUGGAUAGAUUAAGUAAGUGCUUACAUUAUUACAUUCACGACCGCAUGAAUACAAAUCCAGCUUGGAAAGGAAUAAAAGUGGUAUUGUCAGAUGCAAAUGUUCCCGGUGAAGGUGAACACAAAAUAAUGGAUUACAUUCGAAAACAAAGAGCUCAACCAGAUCAUGAUCCCAAUACGCAACACGUUUUAUGUGGUGCAGAUGCCGAUUUGAUUAUGUUAGGACUCGCUACACAUGAACCGAAUUUUACCAUUAUACGAGAAGAAUUUUUACCCAACAAACCUCGUCCUUGUGAGAUAUGUAAACAAUAUGGUCAUGAGAUGCAAAAGUGUGGGGGCUUGGAGAAUCCAGGUGGUUCGAAAGAUGACAGUUUCAAACCGGAUGUUCCCAUCAAUGCUGAAGUUAGAUUUAUAUUUGUCCGGUUAAGCGUGCUGCGCGAAUACCUCAAAAAGACUCUGGAAAUGCCCAAUCUGCCAUUCAAAUAUGAUUUUGAACGCGCUUUGGAUGAUUGGGUUUUUAUGUGCUUCUUUGUCGGAAAUGAUUUCUUACCACAUUUGCCAAGUCUUGAAAUUAGAGAAGGCGCAGUAGACCGUUUGGUAGAGCUCUAUAAAAAAUGUGUAUAUAAAACUGGUGGUUAUUUAACGAAUUCGGGCGAAGUGAAUUUACAGCGCGUGCAGAUGAUACUAACAGAUUUAGGGAACGUUGAAGAUAAUAUUUUUAAGGAGAGACAACGCCGCGAGCAACAAUUUAAGGCAAGGCAGAAGCGUAUGCGCGAUAACGAAUAUAAAGCUCAAAGUCUUGCUGUGUCCACUUUUUUUGAACCGACAGCAGUAAAUCGUGGAGGCUCAGGAGCACAAGGUAAUAAAUUUAAUUACAAGGAAGAAGCUAUGAAAUUAAGAACACAAAAUAAUAAGGGAGUAAAAAGGACAGCUUCCGAAGCCGGGCUCGACAACGAUUCUGAUGAAAAUGAUAAUGACGAAGUCCGAUUAUACGAAGCAGGUUUUAAAAACCGUUAUUAUGAAUCGAAAUUUGAUGUAGGUACAAAUAAUCAAGGCUUUCGUUACUCUGUUGCACUGCAAUAUGUACGUGGACUCUGCUGGGUUCUUAAAUAUUAUUACCAAGGUUGCGCUUCGUGGGACUGGUAUUUUCCCUACCAUUAUGCGCCUUUUGCUUCCGAUUUUGUGAACAUAACUGGAUUGUCAACUAGUUUUGAGAAAGGUACAAAGCCAUUUAACCCUUUAGAACAAUUGAUGGGUGUUUUUCCUGCUGCCAGCUCAUCUCAUGUCCCAAAGCCAUGGGCAACAUUAAUGUCUGAUCCUGAAUCACCAAUUAUUGAUUUCUAUCCGGAAGAUUUUAAAAUUGAUUUAAAUGGCAAGAAAUUUGCAUGGCAAGGAGUGGCCCUGCUUCCUUUUGUAGACGAGCGAAGACUUUUCAAAGCUUUAGCGCCCUACUACAGUAAAUUAACCGAAGACGAAGUUCGCCGAAAUAAGCGAGGAGAUAAUCGCCUAUAUAUUGGAAAUUUGCAUCCUAAAUUAGAAUGGCUGAAACAUCAGUUGAAAUCGUUUACCUCUAUGGAGAAAAAAGUGGCGAUUGUCAUGGAAGGAAUGGGAGGAAGCAUUUUGAAAGCCGAAGAUAAUAUAAAAAAUCUAGGCUCAUUAAAAUCACCAAUCUGUGGUUUACCCAAUAUAAUGUCGAAUGAGGUUGUUACCGUACGUUUCCGAGAUCCUGAAUAUGACAGUGAUUUUAUAUUCCCUGCCAAACGGCUACAAAACGCCAUUGACCCUCCAAACGUUUUAAACUCCAAAUCGGAAGGGCCGGCUAGUCACAACCGACCAGUUAUAGGAUUCAAUAGAAACCUGCCUACCGGACAUUUAAGUGCUGGUGGUCAUAGAAUGGUGCAAGCAAGUCUUGGUCGACCCUCUUUUAAUAGGGGUGGAAAUAACCAGGGUCCGUAUCCACGAGGGCCAAAUUCCCAACAAAAUUUUCAAGCCAGGUCGGGUUAUAAUAAUUACCAGAACAAUUUUGGCAACAACUUUUCUAAUGGAAAUAAUUAUCAAAACAAUUACCGCAAUAAUCAACAGCACCAGCCUAGAGGUGGGCAACAUAACAACAGAUUCCAAAGAUAUAAUCCGUAUGGGCAACAUAACAAUAGAUAUUAAAUGUUUUAGUUUUUAAUGCAAAAUUUCAUAAUUGUGAAAAGAUUUUUUAGAAAUUACUUCACACAAAUAUAAUCAAUGGACUUAAGUAUAAAAAUUACUUUACAGAUAUGUAAUCAAUAGACCUAAGUAUGUACUGUAUUACAUAUAAAAAAAAUAAAUUUUUAUAAUGCGGUUGAAAAACAUAGGUUUGAAC